AUGGAAUUUAUUGGAAUUAGACGCGGGGCCAUCCGUGGAGAGGCUUAUAAAAAAUUGGCCGCGUUGGCCGUGGAGUCACCUGGCUCUGACGCUCAUUCUCCAGAUUUCGUUAAUUUGUUGAAGAAACUGGAGCCCGAGAAGACAAAGCAGGCGCUUUCUCUCAACGAGUUUGAGAUCCUUUUGGCUCUAUGUGAUGCUACAGGUGCUGAUAUGACCGCGACAACUCAGGCUAGUACCUUGGUGGAUAAGUUGUCGCUGCACUUGAUCAGGUUACCAAAACAGAAGUUUUCCGAGCCCGUAUUCACCUCGUUGGCCAGAAAAUCACCUUGGUACAUCUUGGGUGAUCGUCUUACCAAGGCUUUGGUUAACUUGGCAUUCAAGUUCGACAACUCCUUGAUGGAGGAGGUUAUCUCGACAUUAGGCAGAUUUGUCGAGUCCUUCUUUGCCAACCAUGACCUCGACUUACCUGAUUAUCUCACUUUGUUGGGUUUCUUGGCUGCAUUGAACCUGAACGCUCGCAUAUUCUCUAUUUUGCCCCUGGCAUACAAGGUUUUCCACUUGUUGGAUGCAUGUGUGGAUAACGUGGACUUCUUGAACGACGUUGAGGCUUUCUCUUCUUCCGUGUACUCGCAGUCGGAAAUGCGCCAAUACCUCGACCAUGAGUGGAUGGCAGAUUUCUCGCCCAUUUUGUUCUUGGAGUGCCUUUCCAAGUUGAUGCACGGCAUCGCUAACGCCUUGUUGGGCAACUCCAACAAACCCUUGAUGGACUAUUUGUUGUCGAAGGUGUCCCAAGAAGAUUACGAAGAGAUUGGCUCGCAGAACGGGUUUCCCAUGGACAAUGGUGACUAUUACUUAUCUCCAAAUGGUGCUACCAAAGCCAAUGGUAAUGGCAUAGUCAAUGCAUCUGCUAAUGGCACUGCGAACGGAACUACCAAUGGUACGCUCAACUCUUUUGUCAGCUCAGAGAAUGCGCUGGUAGUUGGUGGUAUGUUGGUUAACCUUUCAGACCACCAAUUGGACAUUAUCAAGAAAUUGGCCGACAAUGCCUUACAGAAAAUGGAGUUCUUGGACAGAGGUGAGACUUACAUUGUAUACUCUACCAUUGCCAGAUUGAAAUUGGGUUACUUGGCCAAAUCAGAGUUAUUACUGGUCCUUGUCUGUGGAACAAUCACCGACAACGUUGAUUUGCUGGCCGCGAAGAAGAUUUUCCUGAGUUCCAUUGGUAUUUUCGAUGUCAUGCAUGACUACAACUUGGGAACCGCCAUUUUCCAAUUAGGAUCUUUGCUUGUAUUCAAGGAUCCCUCUGUGGGAUCCUCUUUGACCCGUGCAUUCACAUCUUUGGUUGCAAACCCUAGCUUGAAUGGGGCUCAAUGUCUGGCUAUAUCUAAAAGCGUGGGAAUAGCCAGUAAGGUUCUUUCUCAGGAUGCUGUUGUUACUACCAUAUAUGCUUUGACAAACUUAUUGCUUGUUGGUAAUGAUGCAUUGCAAUUACAACUGCGAAGCAGAAGAAGUACUGGUUUGAGAAGUACCCUGACUGGCGAAAAUAACGGUUUCAGACACUCUGAGGCAAACCCCAAUCGUCUCAUUAGAAAUAACACUUUACUGAAGAAGGCCAGUAUCUCUACUGAACGCGAAGCGUCUGGGUUUAAUGAACAAGAGUACAAGAAGGUCUGUGAAAAUGCAGUGAUUGCCAUCAGUGAAGUUGUGGCAGCAUGUGAGGACCCCAGUGUUAGUGCUUUAGCGGUGACUAUCUUGUCGCAGAAGACGACAAAUUUGAACACUCUGGUGGCUCCAAACUUGUUGGAUGGUUUGGUGUCAUGUGCGCCAUACUUACCUGAGAGGGAAUUUGUGAUUGUCACCAGGUUACUUCACAAGUUAUCAUUCGAUGCUUAUGAGGCAAAGGAUUCCAGAAUCUUGUCUAUGCUCCAUGAGCUGAGAUCUGCAUUGUCUAAGAAGUUGGACCAGAGCAACCCAUUGUAUUUCACUUACUUGAAGGAGAUCUUAACUGCAAUAAUCAGUAAAGGUGACGUUCAGGUUUUAGAUCAUCACAGAUCUCACAACGAAAUUAGUGCGAUUGGUGACCAAAUAUCCAUAUAUUUGAAGCCAUUGGCAGAUCUUUUACCAGAUGCUCACAAGGGAGAAAAACCUUUGAAGAACUUGGAGAACCACAUUGCUGAUUUGUUCAGAAAUAUCUGGUUCAACAUGGUAGUCCACGGGUACUCAAUCAACUCUACCAAUGCCAAAACUCACGCCAAUGAGUUGGAAAGAAUUGCUUACAACACUCCACCGUUGGCUUCUGAGCUGUCCUGGAGCAGAAAUGAAACUUCAUUGGAAUUGAACACCGUUUUGAAGAGAGGCUCUUCUAAUCACAAUGUGAAAGACCACAGGCAUAUUGUGGGUGAUAUUUUUGAGGUACCUAGGUCUAUGUCAUACUCGAAAUUAAUGUUUUUGGCCGCUGCAUUGUUUGUGGAAUCCUUGAGAGUGAAGACUGGGGACUGCCACACGGUCUUGAAGUAUUACUCGGAUCCUUCUAUGAGGACCAGUGGAAUCGAUAAAUAUCUUGGAUACAUUGCAUUCAAAAUCAACAAGGAUUUUAUUGGCUUAGUUCACUGCGGGGCAGAUAAGCAAUUUUCUGCUGAGAGUAUUGCCCAACAAGUUACUCAAAUGUUGGUACUUUGUUGUUAUGGUCUUGAAGAUUUGCAAGAUGCUGCUAUUCAGUGUUGUGAUUUGCUCAUCAAGAAGGUUCCUUCUGCAUUAUGUCACCACCGGAGUUUGUUUGCUUUAUUUGAUAUUUUGACCUUGUUGUACAACAGUGUGAUCGACGCCGAAACGAACCAGUACGAGCCAACAUUCUUGUACAAGGCUAAGAGGACUGGAAUCAAUUUGAAAUUGCCUGAUUCAUAUAGUUGGAGAAAUGAGACUUUCAACAGAUUACACGAUAAGGCUGUGAGCUGGCUCGACUUACUCCUUUUGACAUGUUCUUUUGACACGAAGAGUUUAAUCCAGUCUUACGUAUCUGAAACAGAUGCUUUACAGUCUUUGAACAAGAUAGAGUUUGGAGUCUCUUUUGCUUUGGAGAUGGCUGGAAGUAUUACCGCAAACGACAGAGAAUUGAGUCACCUUCCACGUUUUGCAAAGCACGGUGCAGUGAACUUGCUUCCUUCUCUCGUUUCUCAAUUGAACUGGAGAUCUAAUUUUGUGGACGACUUGAUGGAAAAGGUGGCACUCCAUUCUCCAGAAGGAAGCAAACGCGCUCUUCAUGAUUUGAGACAACAGGUCGCCUCGUUGAAGGAACUAAUUGCUAGUCCUGAUGGACAUGUACCCACACAAGACAUCAUAGACAUUUUGAGUGAAAUUGCUGGGUUCGCCUUGGUACAAAAUUCCAACUUGGCAGAGUUGAUUCGUUACUUGGUCGAGAUUCCAUUCUUGGUCUUCGAUUCAUCCACAAUGAAAGCAGCAACAAAUAUUUGGGGUACUAUCAUGAAGGAGAGACCCAACCUUUCCAUCCUUGUCUUGUCCGAGAUUACCAAAGGCUGGGAAACCUCUAUUCACUUGAAACAAGGUGUGUUUUCGAAAGCCCAUGACUUGAAGCACGCAGAAUUUUGCAAGAUGGAAUAUUCUCCAAGUGACUUUAAGCAUACAAAUAGACUAGCUGAGGCUGUCAGCAAAUCUUUUCUGCCUCAUUCCAUGAUCAUCAAUUUAUUGUCGUCUAAUUUCGAGGCAACCAUGAAUCAAAGUGACCAUUUAUUGAAGAUUUUUACAAGAUUUGUUACCAUUGGUUUGACAUUUAUUAUUAAUGGAAGCUUGCAUCCAUUCGCUCGUUUUAUUAGAUUCGAGUUGGUUAAUUUUGCAUUCGAUGUUUUGUCAUAUCACACGAAAUUGGGCUCAAGAAGUUGCCAGCGACUCACUCAGUUGAUUUUCGACAGUUCCUUGUUCUGGUUUAAAUCAAGAGCAAGUUUCCCAUUUGGUAACAACCUCUUGAAGAUCAAGGCUGACUACACCUUGUUGAGGGAAGUCGCUAAGGUUAUGUCAUCCACGGAUACGUUCAGAAAUGAAGAUUUGGAACUGAAAAAGAUAUUGUUGAUGUUCUUCAUGGAUGACGAGAUCUCGGAUAUCGGAGUUUGGUUGAAUCCAACCCAGCCACAUGACUCUCGUGGUACCUACAUUGCAAACCAUAUCAGCGGUGACCACAUUUCUAAGGCAUACAAGAUUGAUCCACAGUUGGCAGUGAACUUGGCCCAGCGUUACAAGUUGAAGAACUUAGAUGAGCUUCUUCAGAAGUUGAUCUUUGAAAAUCCACUUCCCGCCAUCAAGUACCCCGAUGCCGUUCAGUACUUCAUUGGUGUCAAUGCUGGAACUGCUAUGCCAAACCAUUACUUGUUGUUCUGGGAGCCUUUGUCUCCAGUUGAUGCCAUCACCUUGUUUUUGCCACCAUUUGGUCACAAUCCAUUUGUAUUGCAAUUCACGAUGAGAUCCUUGGAAUUCCACGAUGUGAAUUUGACUUUCUUUUACGUUCCUCAGAUUGUGCAAUCACUUAGAUACGAUGCUAAGGGGUACGUGAAGAGAUUUAUUCUUGAAACCGCUCAUAUUUCUCAGUUGUUUGCUCAUCAAAUCAUCUGGAACAUGUUGGCCAAUAGUUACAAAGACGAGGACUCCACGGAGCCAGAUUCCUUGAAGCCUACCUUGGAUGAAAUCCAGAAAUUGAUGUUAGAAGGUUUCAGUGACGAGGAUUUGGCAUUCUACAAGAAAGAGUUCGGCUUUUUCAAUGAAGUUACUUCUAUCUCAGGCAAAUUGAAGCCAUACAUCAAGAAAUCAAAGGCUGAGAAGAAGAUAAAGAUUGACGAGGAAAUGGCUAGAAUUCCUUUGCAGCCAGGAGUUUACUUGCCAAGUAACCCAGAUGGAGUAUUGGUUGAUAUCAACAGAAAAUCUGGUCGCCCUUUGCAAUCGCAUGCGAAGGCUCCUUUCAUGGCUACCUUCAAGAUUAAGAAGGAGGUGGAAGAGGUUGACGAUUAUGGAAGAAUUAUUCGUGUUCCAAUUGAGAGGUGGCAGAGCGCUAUUUUCAAGGUCGGCGAUGAUUGUCGACAGGAUGUGUUGGCCCUUCAAUUGAUCUCUGUCUUCAGAACUAUCUGGUUGAAUGCGGGAUUGGACCUAUUCGUGUUCCCUUACCGCGUCACGGCCACUGCGCCAGGAUGUGGUGUGAUUGACGUUUUGCCCAAUUCUACAAGUCGUGAUAUGCUUGGUAGAGAAGCAGUUAACGGAUUGUACGAGUAUUUCACUACCAAGUUUGGUCCCGAGUCUUCUAUUGAGUUCCAGCAGGCCCGUAAUAACUUGAUCAGAUCGUUGGCAGCCUACUCCGUUAUUUCGUACUUGUUGCAAUUCAAGGACAGACAUAAUGGUAACAUUAUGUACGAUGACCAAGGACACAUCAUGCACAUCGAUUUUGGAUUUUGUUUUGACAUCGUGCCUGGAGGAGUAAAGUUUGAAGCUGUUCCUUUCAAGUUGACCAAGGAAAUGGUGAUGGUGCUUGGCGGAUCGGACAGAACCCAAGCAUAUCAAUGGUUUGAAGAAUUGUGUAUCAAGGGAUACCUUGCCUGUCGUCCGCACAUGGAGACCAUUGUGCGUUGCAUCAACCCUAUGUUAGACAGUGGCUUACCUUGUUUCAAGGAAUCUACAAUUAAAAAGUUGAGAAAGAGAUUUGUUCCUAACAAAUCCGACCGCGAUGCAGCUGUGACUUUUAAGGGCCUAAUCAAUAAGUCGUACGAGAGUUUCUAUACAACCGGAUACGACGAGUUCCAGCGUCUCACCAAUGGUAUUCCAUACUAG